AUGGAGCAUUCGGGAAAGAGAAGCAGAGACGAGUUCGAGGCGGACCAGUUUGCCCAACAGCCUUACGACGAUGAGUCCAAGAGGCAGCACAUCGACCCUGCCCAGGAAUUGAUCAAUAAUGUUUGCAAGGACAUCAGAAGAUUGGGUGAGAACCCAAACAUUGUAAACCAAGUGGACGAUGUUUCUUACAUCUCGAAUCCCAUCGUGGCCGAGUUCGAGAAGAUUGACAAGUUGAGAAACUCGAUUCUCAGCACCAUCUAUGCCGUGGUCAUUGAACAGCCCCAAAAGAUUAAUGCUGUGAGCAACUUGAUUUUAAUCUGUAACGCAAAGAACUUUGUUGUGGCCAAGUAUGUCAUCGAGUACUUACAUGCCAAGGCCCAGAAGAUGUUGGACUCGAUCGGAGACGACAAAGAAGCCGAUACCCAAUCCAAGCUUCCAGAAGAAGAUGCUGGCGUGUUCAAUAACAUCAAGUCGAUUUUGAAGCUCUUCGCCACCUUAUCCCCCAUCAUUGAAAACCAUUCAGUCGUCAACUUGUUCAGACAAUUUUUGACUUUAGCCAUCGAUUUGCAGAACGAAACACCUGAAACCAGAAACGGGUUGGCCGAAGGAAUAUUCUACAACGUCUUGAUCUCCAUUCCAUACUUGUUCAGCAACAUCAGCCCAGCUUCAUCGGAGGAGUUGGUUUCAAAAGUGAAUGAAUUGGUGGAGUUGGCCAAGGAUUUCAAGAUCGUGGAGAUUUCUCAUGUAUUAUUGCAACCAUUUGAUUCAAAAUCCAAUAAUUAUGAGUUACCCUACGAACCAAAAAAAAUCAUCGACUUGAUUCUCCCAGUCAUAAUUGCCUUGCAGGGCGAAGAUAAAUCUUGGAAUCCCUUCCUAAAUGAAGAUUCUUCUUCAAAGUUGUUCCUCAACUUCAAUGAGUUGGUUCAGCCCAUAGUUGAUGAGGCGCUCAAGUUCAAUACUGUUUCUAACGAAGUGGUCAAGCAUCAAGUACCCCAGCUUUCUUUGCCAGAAAUCUCAAAAUUGAAGACCUACAUACCAACUGGUUCUAUUGACAAGUUGUGGUACUCAAAUCCUAGAGUUUUGUUUCAAGUCUAUAAUUCGACUGAAUACGAAACAGUCCCACAAAUUGACACUUACAUUGGAUUAUUCUUCAAAGAUUUAUCUUUUGAUAUUUUGACUAACUUAUCUUUCAACAAAACAGAAGCCUCUAUUCAAUUGUCAAUUUUAGAUUUAUAUUUCAACAAGAAUUUGUUUGCUCCCCCAGGAUCUUCAAUUGACCAGUUGAAGUCAAUUCAUGCAGACAAUGAAUCGGGUGUUAACCAACCUCCAUUAUCGACUUGGAAGGUUGAAGAUAUAGCAGUUGAGAGUAUUUUGACAAUGAUUUUCCAAUUGCCAAUAACUUUACAUCAUGAGAUUUAUUAUUAUACUGUUUUGAUCGCUUGUUGUCGUGAAAGUCCAGAAUCAAUAGCGCCCGUUUUUGGAAGAGCUAUUAGAUAUUUUUACAACAACUUGGAAACAUUGGACUAUGAGUUGAAAAUUAGGUUUUUGGAUUGGAUGACCACUCAAAUUUCGAAUUUCGAAUUUAGUUGGAAAUGGGAUGAAUGGGUCAAUGAUUCUAAAAAGUUCAAAAACUUGAAAUACCAUCCUAAGAGAAGUUUUAUUAAGAAUUUGAUUGCAAAGGAAAUUAGAUUGUCGAACAAGAACAGGAUCAAAGAUAGUUUUGUGACUUUGAACCCGGAAACAUCAGAAGUCGUCACCAUAGACGAGUUUCAUCAAUAUCUUAACAUCUCCUUGUUCGAGAAUGAAUCGAAGUACAUCAUUGAUUACGAUACUGAAUUGUAUGGUGACGAUUCUCAAGUAAAGGAAUUGCUUGCAAAAUUAUACUUCGAAAAGAAAAAUGCUUUGGCCGAGAAAUCAAUUGUGGGUGCACAAGAGGAAAUCUUCUUCAACUACUCUAAUCCUGAAUUACCAUUGCAUCAAAUCUCCAGUAAGGUGUACGACUUCGUGAGCGCUCACUGGAAGACAAAUAGCGAAUUCAGUGAUUUAUACAAAGAAAUCUUAACUGGCGUCCAGACUCUUCCCAACAUCAAUGCCGAAAGAUUUAUUAUCAACUUAUUCUUCCAAACUUAUGCCUACAUUGGCUCGAGAUCAAUUUAUUCCGUCGUGAGUGUGUUAUCGCGUGAUAUUAAUAAGUUGAAGUACUUGAGUGGCUCAGAAAUUACUUACGGAGACGAUGAAGCCAAAUUCGAAUCUUUGGAGUUGACUCCAGAACAAGUGGAAAAUAGACAAGUUUGGAUAAUCGAAGCUAUUUUCAGAAUCUGGUCCCACCAGCCUCAAGUUGUCUUCUUAGUAUUGGAAUAUUUAAUUGAGUUUGAAAUAUUGAAGCCAGAGUUCUUAAUUCCUAAGACCCUUUCCCUCUCCACCAAUCUUCUUAUUGAAAAUGUUUCGUGUAUGGAGUCUAUCAAUAGAAUUUUGAACAACUUCCACACUUCAAACCCAGAACAGUUUAAGAAAUUGUUCCUUAUUGUGGUUAACUCAAUUGUGAGAAAUUUGAACCUGAUUUCUCAAAGUUUGAACGUGCCAAACAAUGAAACCAUUACAAUUCAGAAAGAAUUUGAUGAAGAGGACUUGGAUUUACAAAAGAACAUAAAUAACCAAUGGUUAUACUACGAAUACAAGGGGUUGUUGAAGUCUUAUAUCAGAAAAUAUUUGAAGAGUGAUGCUGAUUACUUCGAAGGUGUCAAGGAAGAACUUCAAUCCAUUGAAAACGAACUGGUUCUGUUGGAUGUAUUGAGUUGGUUGAAUUAG